UUGAAAGUAAAAGAAAUUCAGAAUAUAAUUUAGGUACCCUACCAAAUUCACGUAAUCUUUGCCUGUCUCAUGCUUUUAAACAUUUGACAGACUGUUUCUAUGUGGUUACUUAUCAAACUCAAACCCACUCCACUUCCACACUCAUCAUACCACCCAUUUCCCCCUUCUUUUUAAACUGUAUUUCCCACUUCUCCUUCCACUCAACCAUCAGACACACACUCUCUCUUCCUCUAUCUUUCCUACCAAAUCAACCAUGGCUGAAGCAGCAGCAAAACAAACCACAGUUUCAGCUUCUGAAGAGCAAGAACAGGUAACAGAUGUUGCUGAAAACACUACUCUUAAGGCACCUCAAACUGAUGAUUCAACCGAGGAGGCUGCAAAGGUUCCGUUACCUGAGGAGGAACUAACUGAAACCAAGACUGUCAUAGACAGCGUCGCCGCCUCCAGUGAUGAUGAUGAGGAGGUAACUAGUGGCUUAAAGCUUGCUGCUAUAGACAACAAUGCCACUCAUGAAAUAACCAGUGAUAAGAAUAAGUUCCCUGAUAAUGAAAAGAAAGCGUUGGCUGAGCUUAAGCAGCUUAUCCAAAACGCUCUUAACAACCAUGAAUUCACAUCUCCACCAGCAGUAGCAGCAGCAGUAGCAGUGGCCGAGAAGAGUCCAGUUUCAGCUGAAGCUGAAGUCGAGAAAACCAUUGAAGAAGUAAUCAAAGAUGAAACCGCCAAUGAUGUGCCAGAACAACAAUAUAAGAUCAAUACUGUAGACGAGGAUGGUACUAAGACAGUAGAGGCAAUAGAAGAGACCGUUGUGGUUCAUCAUUCUGUUGCAUCAGCAUCAGCAGAGCAGGAGACUAAACCUGACUGCUGCUCUGCUGAUGCAAGAUGUUCACCUCUUGCUGUUGUUACACAGCAAGAGGUGAGCACCACGCCGGAGGAAGUGUCCAUAUGGGGUGUACCGCUCUUCAAGGAUGAAAGAACGGACACCAUUCUAUGGAAGUUCCUACGCGCUAGGGACUUCAAAGUAAACGAUGCGUUCGCAAUGAUGAAAUCCACCAUUAAGUGGAGGAAGGAGUUUAAAAUCGAUGAGUUGCUUAAUGAAGAUUUCGGUGAUGAUUUGGAGAAGAUGGUUUUCAUGCAUGGAUUUAGCAAAGAAGGUCAUCCUGUGUGUUAUAAUGUUUAUGGUGCUUUUCAAGAUAAGGAAUUGUACCAGAAAACAUUCUCUCAUGAAGAAAAAAGGCAGAGAUUUAUGAAAUGGAGGAUACAAUUCUUGGAGAAAAGUAUUAGGAAGUUGGAUUUCUAUCCUGGUGGUAUUUCUACUAUUGUUCAAGUUAAUGAUCUUAAGAAUUCUCCUGGACCUGGGAAAUGGGAGCUUAGGCAAGCCACCAAACAAGCCCUUCAUUUGCUUCAAGAUAACUAUCCUGAAUUUGUUGCUAAACAGGUGUUUAUCAAUGUGCCAUGGUGGUAUGUGGCAGUCAACAAGAUGAUAAGUCCCUUUUUGACCCAGAGGACUAAAAGCAAGUUUAUAGUUGUUGGACCUUCCAAAUCUGUGGAAACUCUUUUCAGCUAUAUUACUCCGGAGCAAGUACCAGUUAGAUAUGGGGGAUUUAGUAAAGGAGAGUUUGGAAACAAAGAUGGUGCAACACAGAUAAUGGUGAAGCCAACAAGCAAGGAAACUGUAGAAUUUGCCGUUACUGAGGCAUGCCAUUUGACAUGGGAAGUGAGAGUGCUAGGAUGGGAAGUGAGCUAUGGUGCUGAAUUUGUGCCCAAUGCUAAAGAUGGUUACACUGUUAUUAUUCAAAAAUUGAGGAAAGUAGGACCUACUGAAGAAACUAUUAUAAGCAACACUUUCAAAACGAGUGAGCCUGGUAAAGUUGUUCUCACAAUUCAUAAUUCUUCCUCCAAGAAGAAACGACUCCUUUACCGCCUCAAAUCCAACCCUACUUUUGACUAAAUAAAAACCCCUUCCCCCAUUUUUGUUUUUUUUUUUUUUAAAUAUUCUAAUUAUUAUUUUAGAAAAGCCUUUUAUAUGAAUUCGUGAUUAAUGUUAAUAUUAGUUUUUUGAAUGUGGAGAAUGAUGGGUAUUAUAUUGUAUUUGAAUAUAUUAUAUAUAUUGAGUUGUUUGUGUGUAA